AUGAAACUUUGGACUUUUCCCUGGCUGCCUUGCCUGGUGAUACUCAUCUUAUGUUUUGGAUCAGAGUGCGGGACUGUCCGGAGAAAGGGGAGAUCCAAAAGGGACUUGGUGCCUAUCAGGGAGGCUAGAGCCACCUUCCCAGGGGCUUGUGCCACACGUCUGCCCCGGGGCAAACGCUCCUUGCCCGGCAUGGAACGACGGGUGCCUCGCCAGCGUCGGCGCUCCUCUCAGGCAGAGGAGAACUCUCCAGGUCGGGUGAAAGCUGUUUAUUUUACCGGCAGGGGAGACCAACUUCGGCUUAAGCCGGGCGUGGAGAUACCGAGAGGAAAUUUUACUCUGGAGAUGUGGAUCAAACCAGAGGGAGGUCAACGAUCUCCUACGGUGAUUGCAGGUAGUCUAAACAACUGUCUUAGUACACAAAUGAAUGAAUGAUGGGAAUGAUUUUAUUAGUCUAUGCGCCCUAAAAUUCAAAAGCAAAUUUAAAAGUUAAGUGUGAAAUCUGUUUAUUUUAUUACCUCGCACACAUUAAGCAAUAAAGUGGGCAAUUAGAUGUUAAUAAACCAAUUGAAUGUCAUGACCCACAUUUAGCUGUGUAGGCUAUUAUUUUAUCAUGCAUGUUGUUUUAGCUCAAAUCAUGCAGGGUUGUCACAGUAAAACAUCAUGCAGUCGUAACUGAGUUGAGAGUGAGUUCAUCUCACAACUGACCCACGCCAAUGAUGUAAUGCCUUGAAAAGUGCAAUAGCCUUUGAGAGAUUUUGGGUAGAUGCACGCAUUAGCCUACUUGGGUUUGAUCAUUCAGAUAGAAUCUUCUGUCUUAAUGAAUGCAUUUUAUAUCAAUAUAAAUAACCUGGUAUAUUUUUCGAAAUGUUCCUUAUUUAAACUCAUGCGCAAAAGGACUCAAAUCACAAUUGUAGCCUAUUUCAAGGUUGUUCGAUAUUGCCAUUUAUACCGCAUCACUUGAUUGACAGGUGAUGUCAUCGUGCGUAGAAAUUGUAUUUUUUAUGAGGCGUCUGGCUAUUUUAAACUAUGAUGUAAUGCUCAAAACUUUGAAUCCGUGGGCACGUCACAGCAGGCAAAAGUAGAGCGUGAGAGAGAUCCAUUUUUAUUCUGAUCUGUCUAGGGCACCGUCCGUGCCGCAAUCCAAAGUGCCUACCAAAUCGACACUUCUGUAUUGGCUGCUGAGGUUACAAGACAGUAAUAGAGUUCCAGGGUUUUCCCUAUUGCGCGGAGGGACGCGCUAUUAGCUGCGUCUGGGAUUCCUCAAACCUAGACAUUUGCGCAUAACAUUAGGUGACUCUAACAUUAUAAAAAAAUGAAACCGACUAUUGGAUUGGGGGGCCUUAUCAGGACAGUCUAAAGACUGGUUUCAGCUUUGUAAAGUGAUGGGAGGGAGACCGUAGCCUGCUUCAUCCACGCACAACGUACCCUGUGAAUGUUGUGAGCUAGCACCGAACAGACUAGACCAGACACCGUGCUGGCUACAGUCAUGUCAUUCUGAAAUCCACAAUGCCAAGUCUUAGACGACAUUUCCUUCCAAUGUAUAUACUGUUUAUAGAUUUCAGUGUCUGUGCCACUGCUUCUGAUGUAGAUUUGUAUGAGAUUCGAUCCCAUUGGCUGCCAACAGGGAGCGUAGCAAACACAACUGAUUGCAGAUGUGUGCAGAUGCAUACUACUGUAGGCUACCACUCCGAAGGGUUUUACACACACACACACACACACACACACACACACAUUACAGUUGGUCCAGAACAGAACAGCACUUCUGGCCCUUAAAUGUAGGCCUACAAGGAGUGCUAAUAUCAACAAUAUGCAUAUCAAUCUCUCCUGGCUCAAAGUAGAGGAGAGAUUGACUGCAUCACUACUGGUCUUUGUGAGAGGUAUUGACCUGUUAAAGUAUCAAACUGUCUGUUCAUUUAGUUAACACACAGCUCAUACACUCAUACAUACCAAACAAGACAUGCCACCAGAGAUCUCUUUACAGUCCCCAAGUCCAGAACAGAGGCUAGGAAACGCACAGUACUUUAUAGAGCCAUUACUACAUGGAACUGUCUUCCACCUCAGGUAACUCAAGCUAGCAGUAAAAUAAGAUUUAAAAAACAGAUAAAAGAACACCUCAUGGCACAACGUGGACUGUGAAGACACACUCACACACUCUAACACACACACACUCUACACACACUCACACACUAUUCUUAGUAAUGUAAUGUAGUAUUGUAAUAUUGUAAUGUAAUAAUGGAGCAAUGUAAAUGUGUAUAAUGUUUUGUUUGAUGUAAUGUUUUAUCUCUGUUUGAGCCCCAGGAAGAGUAGCUGCUGCCUUGGCAACAGCUAAUGGGGAUCCUAAUAAAAUACUAAUACUCCUGGUCCAUCCCUGUGUGUGUGUGUGUGCGCGCAUGCAUGUGUGCACGUCUAUUGUGUAUGUGUGUGUGUGUGUAUACAGUAUGUGUGUACUAGAUUUGGCCUGUUGGUGGGGGCAGCCUAAGCCAGCCCCUUAUUAAAUUCACUCUUGGCAUUUCAACUCUUCAGGGAAUCCAUUGAGAGCUCUGUGACUCUCAAUGGAUCUUAGCCUGACCGGGACACGCAGUCUGCUCAGGGGAUGUCACAUGUAUUAACCUCAUACCCAUCUUAGCCUAUCUUAUGCAUUUCAUUUUGUUGUUUGCUCUCGUCAGGUUAAGAUCAGUGUGGUUGGAAAAAUUUGCUUGUGAUGGAAAAGAACAAAUGCCCUAUCGAGCAAAUGUUAUGAUGCCUAAUCUUUUAAAUCCAAUUGAGACCUCCUAACAAUCCCAGGCCUAAAUCAGUCCCAUCCUGUUGUUUUGACCCAGGCCCAGCUUGUUUUCUACAGCUGUUUCAGCCUUGUUGUUGUUUUUGCCCCGCUUUUUAUCACAACACUGCUGUUGUUUUUUUAUUGAGCUUGUCAUCUCGCCUUUUCAUAAGUGAGGGGAGACGAGUAGUACAGUACAGUAAAGUACUGUGGUAUUUACUUAUUGUUUACAGUAAAACACACACAGUGAGACCUCUGAGUGCCAACAAAGUGACGGCUUGAGGACCAGAGAUAACUCCUGUUUGAUAAACAUGCAUCUGUGGUUCCUUUUUGGUCUUAUUUUCUGGUCUUAUUUAAUUGCGAUAAAAAAUAUCUACAUUGGUGGUUAAUGGCUUAUAAGUAAGCAUUUCACGGUAAGGUAUACAGCUGUUGUAUUUGGCGCAUGUGACAAAUACAAUUUGAUUUGAUUUGAUUUAUUGACUCUAUGGCCUUAAACAAUGGCUGGUGGAAUACUCAAUGAAGUCCUAGUCCAAACCACUUACACAGCCAGCCAGAGUUCCAAGACUCAGGGCCCAUCAUGUACUUAUGUUGCAUUGCUGACGUGUGUAGGGCCCACCAUGUGCGUACGUUGCAUUGCUGACAUGUGUAGGGCCCACCAUUGCUGACGUGUGUACAGAAUGUGUAUUUAGUAAUGCCUGUUUGUUAGUGGUAGCUAGAAUGUAACAUUUGCUCUGAGACACAGAGAGGCAUUUAUGGGAUGGGCACUUGCCAGGAGAACUCACUGCCUACUGACAUGAGGAGAUGUGCCCGCUGCGGUCUGCUUACUGGUAAUAAUCAGAACAGCUGGGGAUGUAAAACUGACCCCUGUAUGACACGCACACAUACACACACACACACACACACACGUUGUCAUUUGUAAUGCAGAUGUGGUCUAUAGAACUGCAGGAGAAUGACUCCAGCAGAACAACAUGAUUCAGGACCUUGAACAGCAUUGACAAAAUGAGCAUGCGCACACAGGAAGUAGAAAGGACCAUCAAAAAAGAAGGGGAAAAAAGGAAGCAUUCUUUUAAAACUGGAUCCCAGGGUAGCGGUAAUGGAAUAGCUCAGUGUUGCGACUCAGCUGGCUGACCGAUUUUGAUUUGGGCACUCGUUCAAACAUACGCAAACACUCCACCAACACCUGUCACUGAGCAGCCUUUCAUUUUACAAAGGAGGAUGAGUGUUAUUGCUUUAGCGUAGCCACUUCGGCCUAACCCUCCAGUCAAAGAAUCUGUAACGUUGUCUUCUCCCUAUUGUGAAAUGUUGACAUGUUGUUACAAUUCGUCCCGCUUUUGAAAGUUACACAAAGAUGGUAUUUAAAGAGGAAGGGGAGCCUUGAACUGUAAUUGAACUUGACUGAAUGCUGCCAUGCACUUUACAUCCUGAUAGCAGUCCAUGUCACACAUUAGCAUGUCAUGUUCUGUGUCAUAAUGUGACAUGAACUUUACUUCUGACCUUUUUGCCCUUUUACCCAGGUCACGGAGGCCUGUCCCACAUCAGAGAAAGGAAAAUAAAUAGCAAGACAUUGGAUCAGAGUUGGUCUCUUCCAUGACCAGCUGUAGACAAUAAAUGCCCAUGUUGGCAGAUGCAUCAUUUGAUAACAAAGCAGAGAGGCACUUAAGUGCUCUGCAGGUUUUAGAUGUGAGAUGAUACAUAACUAAUGACAUAUAACAUCUAAGAUUACAUACAAAUACUUUGGGUAAUGAGAUAGUUGAGUAUUAAACUUUAAUACUCACUCUAGAUUUAUAGUUUUAUAAUACAUUUGAGGAAAGCCACAGGACAUACAGCAAAGGGCUACAUGUAGUCGCUCAUCUCUUGAUUUCAGACUGUAGAAGGAAACUUAAGGAUGGUUUGGGGUUUCUGUUGAGGUAAUCUAUGGCUGGAAAAUGCUGGGAAAUUACCAUGGUAUUUCCCCCAAGCUGUCGGUUACUGUAUAGGUUUGACACAUAAGAGAUCAUUUGCAUAUUACAAGAUUCUCUUUUUAAUCAUUAAACGUAAUGAAAAGGUUUGAAGUUAAUUACAUUGUUGAAAGAUGUCUCAAGUUAGUUAUAGAGCAAAAUGUAAUUGACUCCUGAGUGGCGCAGUGGUCUAAGGCACUGCAUCGCAGUGCUAACUGUGCCACUAGAGAUCCUGGUUCGAAUCCAGGCUCUGUCGCAGCCGGCCGCGACCGGGAGACUCAUGGGCGGCGCACAAUUGGCCCAGCGUCGUCCAGGGUAGGGGAGGGAAUGGCCGGCAGGGAUGUAGCUCAGUUGAUAGAGCAUGGCGUUUGCAACGCCAGGGUUGUGGGUUUGAUUCCCACAGGGGGCCAGUAUAAAAAAAAAUAUGUAUUCACUAACUGUAAGUCGCUCUGGAUAAGAGCGUCUGCUAAAUGACUAAAAUGUAAUGUAAAUGUAACUGUCAUUUGUCUGGGGAUUAAAAGGUGUUCAGCUGUGGGAUGUGUAUUGUGUUUAGAGUCUAAAGUAUCUGUGGAAUCUUCCAACAUGUCAAAAACCCAGUGUGACGCUCACUUCACUUUGUCCGUACACAAAGUCCCUUUCCCCGACUUUCAGAGCCCAAACAUUUCAAAAGCAAACGUAAAGGGCAUUGUUCCCUUUCUCCCUGCUUUUCAUCAGAUUUCUCUGACGUUUUCUCACUCUUUUUUCUGUAUGAGUGUGUUUUCCUUGGGGGAAGACAAAUGGCAAGUUCAAGCAAGGUUGACUUUGAACCUGACACAAAUGGCUUUUAGCCGUAGCGUCAGUGUGUGUAUGCAAAUACCUGUGUGUGUGUUGUGUGCCCCAUCCAUCCACAGAGCAGGUUGGGUCUGGAAAAGUGUACUAUAUUAGAUUAAUUGAGCUUGGCAGAAUUAUGACAGCUGUUUACACUAGGAGCCUUACACACAUUUUAGAACACCUUUUAGCCUUGAGUGCACUAGCUGACAGAUGGAGGGUUUUUUCCUUCCACUGUAGUGGAAACACUAAGGACGUCACACUCAAUACGGCUGACCUUGACGUUGAACCCCACUAUGCUCUUUGAAUGGCUUUGCCAUUAGAGUAUCCCCCUGACUCUUACUGUAUGUAUGUACAUCUGAUUAAAAACAUGUUAAAAUCCUUAAGGGUAUUAUUGAAGCACCGCUGCAUCAAUCUAAGUGAGAUCAUAAAAACAUCUGCAUCAAAAUCCGUCAGUUUAAGCUAGAGAUAUCAGUUUUUUGCAUGGGCUGCGUCUCAAUCCACCGCAUCCGCCUAUGUCGGCCUUCCUCAUCUGCGGUGGAAGGUGGCCGAGCUACAGCAGUGUUUGUCAGACCAUGAGAAUUCCCGAAAAUCAUUAUUCUCAUGAAAACGUCUGUAGCCUCCAAACAGUUUGGCCUGCAUGACCACUCUAUGGAAAGGGAAGACUCUCACAAAUGCGAUGGUGUUCUCCGUUUUGCUCUAUGACUCGUCUGAAGGUAACACAUACAAAUGAAAGUGUUGUGUCAACACAAAUACAGGGUUUAAUAUGUGUCCAAAAAAACGUGCUUCUAUCUCCUAGAUAUACAGUGACUUGCAGAAGUAUUCAUCCCCCUUGACGUUUUUCCUAUUUUGUUGCAUUACAGCCUGUAAUUUAAAUGGAUUUUUAUUUGGAUUUCAUGUAACGGGCAUACACAAAAUAGUCCAAAUUGGUGAAGUGAAAUGAAAAAAAUAACUUGUUUCCAUAAAUUCCAAAAAAUUAAUAACUGAAAAGUGGUGCGUGCAUAUGUAUUCACCCCCUUUGCUAUGAAGCACCUAAAUAAGCUCUGGUGCAACCAAUUACCUUCAGAAGUCACAUAAUUAGUUAAAUAAAGUCCACCUGUGUGCAAUCUAAGUGUCACAUGAUCUGUCACAUGAUCUCAGUAGAUAUACACCUGUUCUGAAAGGCCCCAGAGUCUGCAACACCACUAAGCAAGGGCCACCACCAAGCAAGCGGCACCAUGAAGACCAAGGAGCUCUCCAAACAUGUCAGAGACAAAGUUGUGGAGAAGUACAGAUCAGGGUUGGGUUAUAAAAAAAUAUCAGAAACUUUGAACAUCCCAUGGAGCACCAUUAAAUCCAUUAUAAAAAAAUGGAAAGAAUAUGGCACAUCAACAAACCUGCCAAGAGAGGGCCGCCCACGAAAAUUCACGGACCAGGCUAGGAGUGCAGUAAUCAGAGAGGCAACAAAGAGACCAAAGAUAACCCUGAAGGAGCUGCAAAGCUCCACAGCGGAGAUUGGAGUAUCUGUCCAUAGGACCACUUUAAACCGUACACUCCACAGAGCUGGGCUUUACAGAAGAGUGGCCAGAAAAAAGCCAUUGCUUAAAGAAAAAAAUAUACAAACACGUUUGGUGUUCGCCAAAAGGAAUGUGGGAGACUCACCAAAUAUAUUGAAGAAGGUGCUCUGGUCAGAUGAGACUAAAAUUGAGCUUUUUGGCCAUCAAUGAAAAUAUCUGGCGCAAACCCAACACCUCUCAUCACCCUGAGAACACCAUCCCCACAGUGAAGCAUGGUGGUGGCAGCAUCAUGCUCUGGGGAUGUUUUUCAUCGGCAGGGACUGGGAAACUGGUCAGACUUGAAGGAAUGACGGAUGGCACUAAAUACAGAGAAAUUAUUUUCAGUUUUCCAGAUUUGAGACUGGGGCGGAGGUUCACCUUCCAGCAGGACAAUGACCCUAAGCAUACUGCUAAAGCAACACUCAAGUGGUUUAAGGGGAAACAUUUAAAUGUCUUGGAAUGGCCUAGUCAAAGUCCAGACCUCAAUCCAGUUGAGAAUCUGUGGUAUGACUUAAAGAUUGCUGUACACCAGCGGAACCCAUCCAACUUGAAGGAGCUGGAGCAGUUUUGCCUUGAAGAAUGGCCUUCAAGUUGCCUUCAAGUUCUGUUUUUUUUUGUCUUAUUUUUUGUUUGUUUCACAAUAUAAAAUAUUUUGCAUCUUCAAAGUGGUAGGCAUGUUGUGUAAAUCAAAUUAUACAAACCCCCAAAAAAUCAAUUUUAAUUCCAGGUUGUAAGGCAACAAAAUACGAAAAAUGCCAAGGGGGUAGGACAGACACUUCAAAACUUUAUUCCUUAUGAUACAUUUUUUUACUGGUCUUUUUUGCCAUUUAUGAAUGUGUUAUUCAAUGUGUUUCUAUGGGCUAUGGUAGUAAAUGCCAAAUUUAAUAUUUUAUCAAAUAAUGUUUUUAUAUACAUUUUUAUACCUAAAGGGGUCCUAAAAUUCCAAAUCAAAUAGCUAAAUGAUCCAUGGUAUGACCAUCUGAAAACAAUUCCAUAUGUUAGCUUCGUACCCCCAACCUACACCCAUCCCCCCCCCCCCCCCCCACUAUAUUUGCCGUGCAAAGACAGUGGAUUGCAUUGGGUUGCAUUGGAUUGCAUUUGUCUGCUUUGGACAAUCCUACUUGUUUGAAAAAGCCCUGAAAUCAACGCAGAUCUCUUUACUGCAUUAUGUGGAUGGGGAAGAACAUUAACUGUUCCAACACGUAUGCACACAUACACACACCCAUGUGAAAAAAUGUAUGCACUCACUAACUGUAAGUCGCUCUGGAUAAGAGCGUCUGCUAAAUGACAAAACCUUUUUAUAAAUAAAUGUGGUUUUCGGACACGUGUGAACAAAUUACACGAAAAUGUGUACAUGAGUUAGACGUGGUUUUCAGACGUGAAAUUUCACAUGUUAAUUAAUUUUUUCACCACCUCCAGUUACAUCUGGUCUCCCAUCCAGGGACAGACCAGAACCAACCCUGCUAAGCUUCAGAGACAAACCAGCAGUGGGAAGUGGGAUGCAGGGUGCUAUGUCACUGGAAUUAAUGUGCCAAAACUUGCAACUGGAAAAAAGGCAGCAAAAGCAAAAGCCAGGGUAACAUAAUCAAAGACAAGGAAAAUUUUAAUAUCAUAAAAACAUAUAUAUACAGUGGGGAGAACAAGUAUUUGAUACACUGCCAAUUUUGCAGGUUUUCCUACUUACAAAGCAUGUAGAGGUCUGUAAUUCUUAUCAUAGGUACACUUCAACUGUGAAAGACGGAAUCUAAAAAAAAAAUCCAGAAAAUCACAGUGUAUGAUUUUUAAGUAAUUAAUUUGCAUUUUUAAGUAAUUAAUUUGCAUAAACUAAACUAUAUUCUUAAAGAAUGGAUAGGUACAUAUCAUUAAUUUAUUAGUUCAAAAAUGAAUGCAGCAACUAAGGAUUGUCCCUUGAACAGGCAGUGACCUUCAUACAAAUUUGAAGUUCUUCUUUUUGUAAGGGCACACACACACUAAACACACAUACAUUUAGCAUUCAGAGAUCCCCUAAGAAGUGAAAACACAUUACCAUGCUGAAGCUGACAUGCUUUCCAAGUGCAACAGGAAAAAGUUGUUUUGGUGCCUCUAGCAUAACAAGGCUUUUGCAGAAAACUACCUUUUCUGGCUCCCCCGAAAUGUUGAAAUGGCCUCAAUGUUCAUGAAAUCUUUCUUGUAAGAGUUUCUAUGGGUCUCCCCAAGCUAAAUACUGCAUGCACCUUAACCCAAUUUCCAGGACAUUAUUUCAAUGCUAUCUUCAAAUGUAUCGUGUUACUAGAUCUACUACAUAAUCUGUACCAUAUUGUUAAUGUCUGUACCAUAUUGUUAACAUCUGAUGAAUGAGAGCAUGUGAUUACAUGACACACAGAUGCAUUUGACAUUUUGUUGGAUGAAUUAUAAGACAUAAACUUUACAGUACAGUGUAUACAUUUUACUGUUCAAAAUUCACAUGAAGAAUUGGCUAUCAGUGACUUGAAGCAGACCUCUUAGGUUGAUGUUGUUCAGGAGACGCCUGAAAAACUAGCUCUGGUGCAGGGCCAAAGCCAUAAGGCCCCUGAGACUAAACUAAGAAUACAAAUGAUAGUGGUGUAAAGUAACUAACUAAAAAUACUUUGAAGUAUUACUUAAGUCGUUAUUUUUGUGUAUCUGUACUUUACUUUAGUAGUUACAAUUUUUUACAACUUUUACUUUUACUCUACUACAUUCCUAAAGAAAAUAUGUACUUUUUACUCCCGUACAUUUUCCCUGAUACCCAAAAGUACUCGUUACAUUUCGAAUGCUCAGGCAGGACAGCAAUAUGGUCCAAUUCAAACAACUAUCAAUAUAACGAGUUGUCAUCCCUACUGCCUCUAACCUGCGGACUCACUAAACACAAAUACUGUGUUUGUAAAUUAUGUUUGAGUGUACGAGUGUGAAAACAAGAACAUUGUGCCUUCUGGUUUGCUUAUUUUAAGGAAUUUGAUGUAUGGCAUUUACUUUUACUUUUUACUUUUACUCAACUAUGACAAUUGAGUACUUUUUCCACCACUGUACUUAAGGACAUUUAAAAACAGAUACUUUACUUUACUGGGUGACUUUCACUUUUUCUUGAGUCAUUUUCUAUGAAGGUAUCUUUUACUUUUACUCAAGUAUUAUGAUUGAGUAUUUUUUCCACCACUGGAUAGAGAGUAAAAUACAUGUGUUUGUCAUGUUAGCCUGACUGCUGGAACUCAGUGCUGCUCAGUGUUGAUCAACCUCUCUCUGCUGUACCAGAGGUGAUCAGUGAAUUAUCUAACACUCUCGCUCUUUCACUGUCUCUUUCUAUCUUGACUGAGUGUUGUUCUCUUUUAAUUAAAUGAAGGUGUCUCUUUGCUGACGUAGAAAAGAACAUCUGAAAUACAAAGCUUAUUUCUCUCUUUUUCUCUCUCAUUCUAUCCCUUUCUCCUCUGUCUCUCUAUUUGUCUUACCAUAUCUCUCUAUGUCUCUCAAUCUAAUGUUAACUGACUGUCCCUCUCUCUCUGCUCUAUCCCAGGUCUGUACGAUAAGUGUUUCUACGCCUCCAGUGACCGGGGCUGGCUGCUGGGCAUCCGGGCGGCCAGCGAGCAGGGCAACCGUGACCCACGCUUCUUCUUCUCCCUAAAGACGGACCGUGCCCACAAGGUCACCUCCGUCCACUCCAACGCCCACUACCUGCCCAACACCUGGGCCCACCUGGCAGUCACCUACGACGGCCUCUACAUGAAGCUCUACGUCAACGGCGCACAGGUGGGCGUCAGCCGUGAACAGUCGGGCAACGUCUUCAGCCAUCUGACCAAGAAGUGCAAGGUGCUGAUGGUGGGCGGGAACGCUCUGAACCAUAACUACCGGGGGGCCGUGGAGAGAGUAAGUCUGUGGAGGGAGGCCCGGGGACAGAGGCAAAUAAUCAGGGACAUGCAGGGUCACGAGAAUCUUCAAGAUGCGCCUCAGCUGGUGAUCCGGGAGACCUUUGAACACCCUGCCCGGAAGUGGCUGACGGUGAAGGAUGGGAGCUUCCCCCAGCCAGAGGAGGGUAGCAGCAGCAGGGUGGGGCAGGCUGGAGGAGGGGUAGGAGAAAGUGGAACUGGAGGGUCCCUGGACACCACUCUUGAACCCCCGCCCUGUGGUCAAACUGUCUGCGACAACGUGGAAGUGGUGACCAACUACAACCACACCUGGACUUUCCGGAAGUCCAAGACGGUGCGUUACCGCGUAGUCAACGUGUGGGACGACUCUCGGCGCUGGCCCACCGUCACGCCUCGUCAGAUCCACCUGCAGCACCAGCAACUCAACAAUGCCUUCGCCGUCUAUAACAUCACCUGGGAGCUGAGCGUCCACAACGUCACCAACUCCUCGCUGCGCCACCGUCUGGUCCUGGCCAACUGUGACAUCAGCAAGGUGGGUGAUGAGGCGUGCGACCCAGAGUGCAACCACACGCUGACGGGUUUAGACGCGGGCGACUGUAUCAGGCACCGCAGCCACUGCCCUCAGUCCAAGCAGGGCAACGGGGUGUGCGACCCCGAGUGUAAUUGGGACAACUUCUUCUACGAUAACGGAGACUGCUGUAACCCCAAUGUGACGGACGUGACCAAGACCUGCUUCAACCGCUCCUCUCCACACAGGUCAGCUCUCUGUCUUUGUCUUUCUCUUUGUCAAUGCUUGAUGAGUCCUAAACAAAGAUAUAGCCUGGCUCCAAAGUUGGAGUCAAGGUUUCUCACAAACCAUGAAAUGAUGUCAAAGGGAGAUUUGCAUAUACAUUUGAUCUUCAAGUUAGGAUUUGCCCAUUUGUCAGGGUCUAGUCAACAGUUAUGUGUCUGAAAAUUGUUCAAUUGUAAGUAGUAUCAAGUACUAUAUAUAUGUUCCUGACAUGGCAUUCUGUGCAUGCUACCCUCACCAACACUGUUAUUUUUCAAUGCUGUGAUCCACUGUCCUUGAUGUUGUCAUACAUACACACUGUCUGGAGUGACACAUAACUGCACACAUCUGCUCAUUACACAGUCAGUCAGGACACUGAUGUGAGGUUUUGAUACACAGUCUGUCAGUUCCACUGUCUCCUGGCUGACCCUCUGUGAGCAGAGUGUAACUCUCCUCCCGGCGGUGUGUGUGGCCCAGCAGGGUGUCCUCUGUGGCCGCUAGUCCAAUCUGGCUUUAAGACAGACUCAAUCAGCGUCCCACACUUGGGGGGGCCAAACCAAGGAAACACACUGUAGUGUCCCUGGGAAGAGCCCAGACGGAUCUUUUCUCUCUUCAUUUUUCAACGUAUUUUCUCCCUCGCUCCUCCCCGUCUAUCCUCUGCUGCCCUAAUUAAGCUAGAUUGAUUGGAAACAAGUGAGAUUGGAAACAAUUAGACUCUAGAAAGACCAGAAGGUGUAAUUAGAGGUCAGAGGAGAGUGACCAGCAUCACUUUGCUAGCGGCAGUAGGGACGCAUUUCAGCGUAGGACUACCCUAUCCAGGAAACAUCCGAGAUACAUUUUUGCAGGGGAAGUAUAUCUCCCUUGGCCGUUACUUCUCUGUGCCGUCUUCUCUUUAAGCCUCGGAAAGAAUGUUACAGGAAAAUCAUAGAAAUGUUUUACCUCAGAAAAUCAUUUUGAAGUUUGAGUACUGCAGGCUUGUGGCGAGGAACAGUUUGAUAGAGUUACUGGGAGGAGAUGCGGAGGCCUCCACUGCUCUAGUACCUGCCAGUAUCUGCAGGAUUCCUACUCUGUGCCACAGAGGAUGACUGAGCAGCAGUGAGAAAAACAGUCUCUGGUUCUCUCUGGAACUGCUUUUUGUCAUGGACCUUGAGGUGCUCCAGUAGUAAAGGAUUGGGUUUUUCUUGGCAGGCGUGACACUCAAACACAGAGGCCGGAGACAUUUUGUGGCAGUUGUAGGGGGUCCUUGUGGUCUUGAAGUUCUCUCGCUGCCUGGAAAAAAAAUCGACCAAUGUCAGAUGCUCGUAAAUGUUUUUGGACGCCGUCAUACUAAAGAGAGGGGGGUGAAAAAAGCUCCAAAUAGGGUUAUUGUGGGGAUUAUUUGUGUCUUUCUGAUGCAGCCAGAAUCAAGGCACUAGGCUGUUUUCUAUCAUGCUCAUUGCUCAGGCCUGGAAGCACUGUCUCGCUGGCACUCUCUCUGUAUUUCAAACGGCUGCUAAACAACUUUGUGUGAGGCGACAUCAGAAAGAAAAAGCAGGUGGGUUUGCCAUCUCUUCCCUCCCCUCCGUUUCAGUCAUCAUUACAAAGUCAUUCAUCAACAGUCAGCCAAGAUGGCUUCUCUUAGAAAUCAGCUAUUGGCACACACUUACAGUCCCUACCAUUGAAAUAUCCCUGCAGACAUAUGAAAUAUGGGCUGUUGAAAGUGGGGAAAGAGAGAUUGAGAGAGAUGAAGAAAGAGAGAGAGAGAAUUCUUAUGUUGAUAAAGAGAAGCUCCCCAAGUGCUUAUUUUGGUUUGAUUGUGGUAUGUGUAGAGGGCCUCGUGGAGGGCCACACUACAAACAUUAUUCAACAUUCCUCCUUAAUUGUGGAAUUCUGGAUGAACAACGCGCUACAUACGCAAGGGAACAAUGGCUGUGAGGUCCUGCGUUUAUUUUUGUAACCCUCAUGCCUGUUACCACUUAGCGUGUUUAGGAAUCUGGCUAGCAGGGGACCAUGGUAGGCCUCUUGCGCUAGCUACUCAUCUCUGCAUUCCACAGACAGAGGUUCCUCUGGAAAUACCAGUAAUAAUACUUAACACUCCCCUCGCGCCGAAGGAAAUAUUUUUCAUUGUUUUCACAGGCCUUUGUUGUUGUGCUGUUUUACGGUUAUGCCAAUAUUUUUCAUGGGAUGACAUUCUUACUUAUGUCUGGUACUGUGCUUACCGGUAUGUGAAUAUCUGAGGUAAAACAACAGUAAGUAUCCUUUGCAGGGAGUAAGAGGAAAACAUGGUCUGGACACUGACAGCUCACUUAGAAAAAUAAGCGAAUGCUUGUGUUUGAAACAAACACUAAAGAGACAUUCGAUCUCAACUCAGUUGAAUUCCACAUAUAUAACACACAAUCCCAAUAUGCUACAUCCUAUAGACAUUUCCUUCCUUCCACGUAAAUGGUUCUAUCUAGAUUUACUGACCUACCUGUUCUACACAGGGUGAGAAAGGAGACCGUUAAGCCUCUGGCCCAGCUUCGUCAGGGGUGAAGGACAAUUUGUUCCCGCUUGGCCUCUCUGCGUGUCACUGUCUCUCUCCCCGGCACAGUGGCAGGUUAAUGGCCACACACACACACACACACACACACACACACACACACACACACACACACACACACACACACACACACACACACACACACACACACACACACACACACACACACACACACACACACACACACACACACACACACAUACACACACACACACACACACACACACACACAUACACACACACACACACAGCCACCAGCCCACUACCCUCCUGUCUUUCUCAAUGAGUGUAUUCUCCCAGGACCAUUGAGUUGGGUGCUUUACAGUCUGUCUUCUAAACCCUAAGCCCUGCAGCCCAUAAACCAGGCCCAUGUUAAUGGUUUCACCCUAAUGGAGUGGCUAGGGCGUAAAACUGGCUCUUAGUACUUUCCCUUGAAAGUCGUAACUCCCUUGUAAAUGCACCUGUUGGUUGGUUGACCCCGGCCCAGACUGAGUUCACCUGCACUCUGUGUGUUCGUCACCCCACAUUUCAUCAGCCGGUACUGGGUGGGAUGCUGAGGUGGGGUGAGGUAGGGACGGUGGGCCACAGAAGGGGGUGAUGGACAUCAAUGGGGUCAUUGGGAUCAGGGAGGGGGGCGGAGAGGUGUUGAGUAAAAGUUUAAGAGGGGCCUUUUCCAUCUACCUCAACUGAAGAGUUAGGAAAGACAGUUGAAGUACUGUUAUUACUAUCGCCACCAUAGAUUAAGACAUUGUAUAAGCGACCAGUCAGAAGACAACAACAGGAGUUGAUUUUAUUUGGAAAAACUCCUAAUCAGGAGUUGAUUAUAAUUUACAUGGGUGAGAUGGUACAGAAAUGUCAUACAGUGGCAGUUACAUGGAAAACUGUCAUGUUGAAAUUUACCUGAGAAUGCCAACAUAUUUUGAAGGCUGUCCCACCACCUCUGAAACCCUAGUUCAAGGUCAUGAUUGGUUGGUAUGGACACACCACCAACACUAUUAAGAGUGUCAACUUGAUAUAAAUGGAAGAACUACAAGCACUGGAAAUGAUAUGUUUCUACGCGCUGCCCUAUAUUCUCAGUACUGUAGUGGAACUCUGGAACUGUGGAAGUCCCAGUUGUCUAGCUCGGGUGUCCAACCUUUGAAAUCCGAGUGUCAACACUUGGUCUUAUGUACGUUGUGUCCUCCUUGGAAGGGGAAAAAACACAAAAUAUUGAUGGAGAAAAAUAGCAUGAGUGUGGUAAUAAAGGAUAAAUGAUGGCUUUAGGAUCUGUGGUGUUGACCGAGCCGAUGACAGGAGAGCUGAGGGGCCCACCGAUUUAAAAGUGUUCUUGGCUGUGAGGCUGCCAACUCACCACAGCAUUUCACACUCAGCAGCCCCAGACAUAUGUAUACGAGGCAAAUUUAUGGGCUUAUAUGAAUUAUAUAUGGGUGUAAAUGGAUGAAGUCAUAAUCCUCCAUUUAAUAUGUAUCAGAUAUAAAAGCAUUAACACGGCAGUUUGAGCGCUCAUCGCACCGUGGACUGCCCCAGAACAGAUGCCCGCUGACGUCUGAAUUUAAUGAAGUUAUAUUUUCCUCCUUUUUCUCCUCUCUCUCUCUCUCUCUCUCUCUCUCUCUCUCUCUCUCUCUCUCUCUCUCUCUCUCUCUCUCUCUCUCUCUCUCUCUCUCUCUCUCUCUCUCUCUCUCUCUCUCUCUCUCUCUCUCUCUUUCUAAAAUCUAGAUUCUCUUCCCAGGGCAUGCAUGAAAAGUGGAGUGUUCAAAUGAAUGGAACAUUUUGUCUCUCCCGUGUGGCUCAUCCCUUAUGAAAGUGCAAGACGAGGGGCAAGGGGUGAGGGAUAGAGGAUGAAGGGUAAGGGUUAAGGAUAAGCGAUGAGGGGAGAGGAGCGCUGAGGGGGGUGAGACUGACCCACAGGUCCUAAUUUGGGUUAUACCAGAGACAGGACAUCCUUAGAGAAGGGACUUGGGGCCAGGGAAGGGAGAGAGGGCGGAUGGAAAGAGGAAGAACCGGAGGGAGUGAGAACGCAAAAGAGAGAGGGGGGGAGACAGGGAAAGUGAGAGAGAGUGUUAGAGAGGGAGAGAGACAAAGUCAAUCACAUGACAGGCCCAAGACCGGCAUACUCACACCCAGGGGCGACACUGGCUAAAGUGGUAUCAGACAGCCACUGCUCUCUCCCCUUUCUCAACAGCCUCCCACUACAUCAAGCAGUCAAUUACGUUCCUACAAAGCUGAUCACAUAUUUAUAUACACAGAAGAGUGCAAAUCCAUGCAACUCGACAGACACAUAUGCAGCCUGGCCUGUUUUCAUGCAGUCAUGCUGUUUGUGCGCCGGCCAAGGCCACAGCCUGCAUCCGUCCAUCAAGUCCACAUCUGAUGUGCGUUGGGUUGUUGUAAUGGAGCCUGUGCAUUAAACCUAAUUGAACUCAGAUUAGAUGGGUUCUGAUCUACAGUAGUUCUGAUUUUAUCUGUCGCUGACUUACUCAUCUCGCCAUUAAACCGCCUGAGCCUUUUCCCCCCUCAUGCAUUGCGGCCAAAAAGCCGGACAAAUAUUUUCAGAGGAAAUAAUGAAAUUCCUGAAAUUAUUAGGGAGAAGGACCUUAUAUCAUGUGCUCUCCAUAGGGCCCUGUGCCCGCCUCUGUUCUCCCAUAGGCCAAGCAGGACUUUUCCACUACGCCACCCCUUUAUUCUAAACAUACCUGGCCCAGACCCUGUGACAGGAACUAAACUAACACAGCAUCCUUAUCCUUCCUCACCUACUGGUCCUGGAUCUGUGCAGAGAUGACUUUUUUCUGAAGGAGCGGAGGGAAGUUAUUCUAGAAGAGCCAGAUCAACAGCAGCAGGGGGUUGUGAAACAGUUCAAGUGCAUACAGUACUUCAAUUAACAAUACUGACAUACUUGACCAGCCCCUGAAGAACUUGUUUUUUUUUACAUUGCUGGGAGACGGUCCAGUUAUUGAUAUGUGAAAUCCUUGAUCAGAUGUAUCUACAGAUCUUUUGUAAAUUAUGUCCAUUGACGUCAGAGGGAGCAGAAGGGUACAGCUUGUCCUCCUGUACCACACUCUAACAGCUGUGGUGUGCCAUAACAACAUGUUCUUCCCCAAUCUGCAUCACUUGGCUGUGCCCAACCUCUUAUAAAGCCUUCAUUAUUCUGUCCCAAAGCUUAACAAACCAUAUCCUAACAUGUCAUCUGCCACGAUCAGUCACUUCAAUUAUUCUUUAUGACACUCCAGUGUCCACUCCUCCAGCGCUAUGGGUGGUAGCCUAGCCUAUAUUUUUAUCCACUAAGGAGGAUGAUAUACUGUACUGUACCUUGACCGGCCUGGCACCAAUGGUUUUUACUGCAACUUUUUCUGGCACUUUUUUUUUCAUCUUCUUCCUUUUACGAUGUCCUCAUUUGUCAUGUUUAUUUGUCACGUUUAUGGCUGCCCACUUCACCCUCGUGAUCCGUUGCCCUCCUUCCCCACUAAUGGAUUCUCUCCCUGAGUCUGAGACCUCCCCUCCUCGUCUUCGCUUUGCAAAUCAAAUCAAAUGUUAUUUGUCACCUGCUUCGUUAACAACAGGUGUAGACUAACAGUAAAAUGCUUACUUACGGGUCCUUCCCAACAUUAUGGUGAGAAAAUGUUUGAAAUAAUAGAAAAAUAAUUACACAAGAAAUAAAUACACAAUGAGUAACGAUAACUUGCCUAUAUACACAGGGCACCAGUACCGAGUCGAUGUGCAGGGGUACAAGGUAAUUGAGGUAGAUAUGUACAUAUAGGUAGGGAUAAAGUGACUAGGCAACAGGAUAGAUAAUAAAGAGUAGCAGCAGCGUAUGUGAUGAGUCAAAAGAGUUAGUGCAAAAAAGGUCAAUACAGAUAGUCCUGGUAGCUAUUGGUUAACUGUUUAACUAACUAUUUAGCAGUCUUAUGGCUUGGGGGUAGAAGCUAUUCAGGGUCCUGUUGGUUCCAGACUUGCUUUACUAGCCAUGUGAAGCAGCUAGGGCUCUCUCGAAUAAAUCGUUCAUGUAAUUACAUAAAAUAUAGCAGGUCAGUUUUCUGCCAUCGUCUCCCCCUGCAGAUAUAAAUGGUUUUCUGGGGCCCUUUGGCUGGUCGUCUAUAAUGCCAUUGUUUAGAACCAGACAUUAUAAAAGGUGUAUAUUUUGUGAUUCUUACACACAAGAAACUCUAACAUGGGUGAAAUAAGGGUUAAAUUGGAUCAAAACGUGAAAUGCAACUUGUUCCACUGCAUGUUUGUCAGUCUAAUUUGUGAUGAUAGAUUAGAGAGUGAUGUUUUUCAGUUCACCUCCAGUUGCCCUGUGUGUGUAACACGACUGUCUGUCUUCGCAAAAACAGCUGACAACUAUGGGGCUGAAAAAACUCACAUUUGCAACAUAUUACUCUCUCCUUCAAUACUUCACUGAUCUUGUCAAUAGGAUUUGCCAAGACCAAGAGCUUGGCUAUUGAAUAAGGGCUUUUGACAUGGGUAGAAAGAAGGGGACUGACAGUUUCAUGGUGUGGAUUAUGUGUUCUCAUAUGAUAUUCCCUGUCCACCUCUAGCAUAGUAUUAGCCAAGCACAGUAAACACAUCUCAAUCAGACCUGCUCCCCUGGGCUCUAGACUACCUACCUAAAUUCUCUCUCAAUCUGACCUGAAGUCUGUCUCAGCUCCAGGACUUGUUCUAUUCUGAAAUGAUCUCGCUACCUAUUUUCUUAAGGGUCUAUUGUUGUCAGAAAUGUUCUAAUUCUUCUUCAGAAAUAGGAAAUAACUUUGCUCCAGGGCCCAUUGUAAAUCUGAAGUCUUUGCUCCCAGGCACUAUUGUGAUGUAAAAUGAACUGGCUCUCGUUCCUAGGAACUACAGUACAUUGUUUAAAUCUCUCUCUCUCUUUCCGUCUCUCUCUCUGGUCUCCAGAGCCUAUUUGGAUGUAAAGGAGCUGAAAGAGAUCCUGAAUCUGGAUGGCUCCACUCACCUGAAUGUCUUCUUUGCCAACUCGUCUGAUGAAGACCUGGCUGGAGUCGCCACUUGGCCGUGGGACAAAGAAGCCCUAACACAUUUGGGUAAAGACAGACAAGCACACGUACCCACACACACACACACUCAAACACAGACACACAGACACACACACACACUCCUCCUCUCAACAGCCCCACAUUGUUGAUUGGGAGUAAUUGCAGUCUCUCUACCUCUGCUCUGACAGGGAGGAAGGUGAUAAUGAAGCUGUGUGGGUCGAUGAAUAAUGCAUUGUCUCAAUCCCACUCCAGCUUCCUGUACUUUCUAGUGUGAAUAGGUGUUUGUCUGUGUCUGCGCUCCAUUUGUAGGUGGCAUUGUUCUGAACCCCUCCUUCUACGGCACAUUUGGUCACAACCACACCAUGAUCCAUGAGAUCGGCCACAGUCUCGGGCUGUACCACGUGUUCCGGGGGAUCUCAGAGAUUGAGUCGUGUAACGAUGCAUGUCUGGAGACUGAGCCCUCAUUGGAGACAGGAGAUCUGUGUGAAGACACUAACCCCACGCCCAAGUACAAGCACUGCAGAGACCCUGAGCCUGGCAACGACACCUGCGGGCGUCGCCACUUUACUAACACACCGUACAACAACUACAUGAGCUACGCAGGUGAGAUUUGACUGCUCACAUACAGGCACAGAAACAUGCACAUGCACAUGCAUGCAUGCACACACACACACACAUAAACAGACAUACAAACACGUUCACACUUUCUGACACGCAUAAACAGGCACACACAUGAUGUACACAUGCACAAACGCGCACACACACACACACACCAUACAAACACGUGCAGAUGGUCCGAAAACCCAUCACACACUGCACUCCCUCACUCAGGGUUUGUCACUAGUUACCAGAGCCACAAAGUCAUCAUUAUCGCUAAACCUUGCCUAUUUCUACAAUUUCUGUUCUUAAAAUCUGAUUUUGAACCUAACCCUAAUCUUAACCACACUGCUAACCUUAUGCCUAACCCCUAACCUUAAAUGAAGACCAAAAAGCUACUUUUUGUUUUUAUGAUUUUUUACGAAAUAGCCACUUUGUGGCUGUGGUAACUAGUGAUAACCCUCACUCAGAAAUAGACACCCAUCACAAACAGAUGUAGGAUCUUAAUUUGAUCCCGCGUUGCAGGAGAAAUGUACAACUUGUAGUGUAUUUGAGGUUUGAAGUUUGUAAUUUCCACUUUUAAAUUUCAGACUUGAUUUUCCUUAACGAAAAAUGUAUCAAUCCCUACAAAAAUGUCCAUAAAUUAUAAUCCACAUAAUAAUUCACAUUUCCUGUUGCUGCAGGAUUAUUUUCCUGCUAUAGCAAACUGGCUCAAAUUAAAAUCCUACAUCUGUAGGAAUGUCCAACCAUACAGUAUGCUGACCCUGAGUGUCACAUAUGUGUGCCUUGGCAGGUGUGGAAUGUAGCAAGGACAUUGCAUUAGAAAAACACACUGGGUAUAUUCUACUGUAUGUUCAGGUCACGGACCUGUAGAGACUUUAAGAAUACAUCUUCUCUUAAUAACAUUGCUACAGACUCUGUAUAUACCAGGCCCUGUUUUUCUAUAUACUGUAUGUGUACAUGUACAGUACCAGUCAAAGGUUUGGACACACCGACUCAUUCAAGGCUUUUUCUUUAUUUUUACUAUUUUCUACAUUAUAGAAUAAUAGUGAAGACUUCAAAACUAUGAAAUAACAGAUAUGGAAUCAUGUAGUAACCAAAAAAAGUGUUAAACAAAUCAAAAUAUAUUUUAGAUUUUAGAUUCUUCAAAUAGCCACUCUUUGCCUUGAUGACAGCUUUGCACACUCUUGGCAUACUCUCAAACAGCUUCAUGAGUUAGUCACCUGGAAUGCAUUUCAAUUAACAGGUGUGCCUUGUUAAAAGUUAAUUUGUGGAAUUUAUUUCCUUCUUAAUGCGUUUGAGCCAAUCAGUUGUGUUGUGACAAGGUAGGGGUGGUAUACAGAAGAUAGCCCUAUUUGGUAAAAGACCAAGUCCAUAUUAUGGCAAGAACAGCUCAAAUAAGCAAAGGAAAAUGACAGUCCAUCAUUACUUUAAGACAUGAAGGUCAGUUAAUCUGGAUAUUUCAAGAACUUUGAACGUUUCUUCAAGUGCAGUCGUAAAAACCAUCAAGCGCUAUGAUGAAACUGGCUCUCAUGCGGACCGCCACAGGAAAGGAAUACCCAGAGUUACCUCUGCUGCAGAGGACAAGUUCAUUAGAGUUAACUGCACCUCAGAUUGCAGCCCAAAUAAAUGCUUCACAGAGUUCAAGUAACAGACACAUCUCAACAUCAACUGUUCAGGCCUUCAUGGUCGAAUUGCUGCAAAGAAACCACUACUAAAGGACACCAAUAAUAAGAAGAGACUUGCUUAGGCCAAGAAACACGAGCAAUUGACAUUUGACCGGUGAAAAUCUGUCCUUUGUGUCCAAAUUUGAGAUUUCUGGUUCCAACCGCCGUGUCUUUGUGAGACGCAGAGUAGGUGAAUGGAUGAUCUCUGCAUGUGUGGUUCCCACUGUGAAGCAUGGAGGAGGAGGUGUGAUGGUGUGGGGGUGCUUUGCUGGUGACACUGACAGUGAUUUAUUUAGAGUUCAAGGCACACUUAACCAGCAUGGCUACCACAGCAUUCUGCAGCGAUACGCCAUCCCAUCUGGUUUGCGCUUAGUGGCACUAUCAUUUGCUUUUCAACAGGACAAUGACCCAGAACACACCUCCAGGUUGUGUAAGGGAUAUUUGACCAAGGAUAGUGAUGCAGUGCUGCAUCAGAUGACCUGGCCUCCACAAUCACCCGACCUCAACCCAAUUGAGAUGGUUUGGGAUGAGUUGGACCGCAGAGUGAAGGAAAAGCAGCCAACAAGUGCUCAGCAUAUGUGGGAACUCCUUCAAGACUGUUGGAAAAGCAUUCCUCAUGAAGCUGGUUGAGAGAAUGCCAAGAGUGUGCAAAGCUGUUAUCAAGGCAAAGGGUGGCUACUUUGAAGAAUCUAAAAUCUAAAAUACAUUUUGAUUUGUUUAACACUUUUUUGGUUACAACAUGAUUCCAUAUGUGUUAUUUCAUUGUUUUGAUGUCUUCACUAUUAUUCUACAAUGUAGAAAAUAGUAAAAAUAAAGUAAAAGCUUUGAAUGAGUAGGUGUGUCCAAACUUUUGACUGGUACUGUAUAUUACUUCUUAGGGCUUCCCUAACCAUCCCCAAUUGGUUAAUUCAACCUGUAAACCUUUAAUCUGCUCUAAAAGAAAAUACAUUCUAAAUCUCACUUAGUUUACACGAAUACAUAAUCUACAAACCAUCAUAUUAAACUAUUUCUGAUUAUCUCUUCCACGUAGAUGACGACUGUACGAACUCUUUCACCCCCAACCAAGUUGCCCGGAUGCACUGCUACCUGGACCUUAUUUACCAGACAUGGCAGCCCGAGUCCAAGCCACCUCCUGUGCCCAUGGCACCCCAAGUGGUGGAGCAAGAGCAUUCCGCAAUUACCCUGGAGUGGUUCCCGCCUAUCUCCGGCCACUUCUACGACAGGUGA